ACUGAUAGCUGUAUACUGCCUCCAGGAUCAUAUGAAGCGUGUAUCUAAAUCCCAGUCGGCCGUUUUUGCGAAACAGGAUGCUGGAAUGGGCGGACCUUUGGAUCAUCUUAUAUUUAAUUCUGGUUGAAUACUUUCAUGACCGAGGACAGCGGCAACAAUAUAAGUGACGUGGGUUUUUUGGGUUAGUUUUAAUCCAACCACAGAGGCUGCAGUCUGCCUCAGGAGCUCUACGCCUGGCAGCGGCGGUAGCAGCAGCAGCAAUUGCAAUGCUUUUUAACCCUUUCCCUGCAGACACAGCCCCGCGCCCCCGCCGCAGAAAGCUGCUCCUAUCUCUCCGAUCGCCCAGGUUCCCAGAGGCCUCGGUUGCUUCUUCCUUUCUGACGGCGACCCGGUAGUUUGGGCAACUGCGCGAUUGCAUACACUUUGCCCCGAAGUCAUCCAUAAUAUGCAGGAAGCGCCGCCUUCGUCUGUCCGUGGGAGGCACAUUGAUCCAGGCCGCGUCCUGCUCUGAAGCCCACUUGCUCCACGCCUUCCUGCUGUUGCAAUGGAUCUGUCGCGGAUUUGGCACUUGGCGAUUGUCUUUUGCCUAACGUGCGUGCUGGUCAAAGUCAUCCAGUUGCAUCGCCGGAGGCAGGAGCUACUGAAGGUUUUGAGCUCUUUCCCGGGGCCCCCCACCCACUGGCUGUAUGGGCACAUCUCUGAGCUCUUACCUGUUUCCAAGGUUUUCCAGAAGGUAGAAAACUGGAGCCUUCUGUAUCCAUUUGCCUUUCCUUUGUGGUUUGGGAAAUUCUCUGCCUGUGUAAACAUCACACACCCUGAUUAUGCAAAACCAUUACUCGCAAGAGCAGAACCAAAGGACAGCUUGGCCUAUCGGAACAUAACUCCAUGGAUAGGGAAAGGCUUGCUCGUCCUGCAUGGGCCAAAGUGGGCACAGCAUCGAAAGCUUCUCACUCCAGGUUUCCAUUAUUCCAUUUUGAAACCCUAUGUGACGCUGAUAGCAGAGUCUACAAAAACAAUGUUGGAUAAAUGGGAACAGCUGAUCACACAAGGUAAAUCAGUGGAGCUCUUUGAACACGUGAGCUUGAUGACUCUUGACAGCAUCAUGAAAUGUGCCUUCAGUUAUAACAGCAACUGCCAAAUGGACAGGGAGAAUUCCUACGUCCAAGCUGUCAUGGAUCUGUGUUGCUUAGUGUACACCAGACUGCAUACAAUCCUGGGUCAGAGUGAUUUGAUUUACUGGUUUACCCCCGAAGGAUAUCGGUUUCGGAAGGCUUGCCAGGUUGCCCAUCAUCAUACAGAUAAGAUAAUCAAAGAGAGAAGGAAAUCUCUGAUGGAUGAAGAAGAACUCCAAAAGAUCCAGAAAAAGCGGCACCUUGAUUUUCUCGACAUCCUUCUCUUUGCCAAAGAUGAAGAUGGGAGUGGGCUAUCUGAUGAAGAUCUGCGUGCUGAGGUGGACACUUUCAUGUUUGAAGGCCACGAUACCACAGCCAGUGGGAUCUCCUGGCUGCUGUAUUGCCUUGCAACAAAUCCGGAACAUCAGCAGAAAUGCAGGGAGGAGAUCAAGGCCAUUCUGGGGGAACGUGACACCAUCCACUGGGAUGACCUUGGCAAGAUGACCUACUGUACCCUAUGCAUUAAAGAGAGCCUCCGCCUUUACCCUCCAGUGCCAGGAGUGUCCCGAGAGCUCAGCAAACCUAUCACAUUCUUUGAUGGACGGACUUUACCUGAAGGAACUUGGGUUGCGAUAAGCAUUCAUCUCAUCCACAAGAAUCCCAGCGUAUGGAAGGAUCCUGAGGUGUUUGAUCCUCUGAGGUUUUCUCCUGAGAAUGUAUCCAACAGAAACUCUCAUGCCUUCCUGCCUUUCUCUGCUGGGCCACGGAACUGCAUUGGGCAGCAGUUCGCCAUGAACGAGAUGAAAGUGGCCCUGGCCCUGACUCUGCUUCGGUUCGAGCUUUCGCCUGACCCGACUCAGCCUGCGCCUAUCCCCACCCCUCAGAUCGUCUUGCGUUCCCACAAAGGGAUACACCUUCGCAUGAAGAAAGUGGCGCAAAUCUGAAGCCGCGGCGGGAAUAAUGUGCAGUGGAAGACUUGGAGCAGGACGUCGCAUAAUUCAUUUGGUGCUUCAAUAAAAGUCGUUUGUGGCUGAGCACAU